GAGACGACAGAACUCCAGUGUGAGCUACAGGCGAUCAUGGAGGAAAAGUUGCUCCCAGCGUGCGGCGCCAUGGAGGCAGCCUUGGAGAGACUGGAGCACGGCGACUAUGAUGAACUUUGGAGAUCCAAGAAGCUUCAGGAGCCGGUUGCCCAGGUGCUCUCUACACUGGGCUUUGUCGCGUACGGCCAGCAGACAGCAGAGCAUACGACUUGGCUUCCCAAGGUCCACUGGGAUCUUGCAGACAAGCUCAAGAGCUUGGACAAGGAUGCCGGGGCUUUGGACGACAAAGUCUUCCAACGAUUGGAGAGGACCACGUUGCGAAUCCCCAGCUUUCCCCCUCGAGUUUGGCCUCCUGUGUCGGGGGCAGCGGCCGGAUCGCGGAGCAUCUGA